CUCUGCCUCCCCGCCUCCCCCUCCUCGGAGUUUCUGUUGCACUCGUUGCAGUAGGAGGGUCCAUGUGCAUGUGAAUGACGUCGCUGACUUCAAGUCCGACCGACUCCUUCGAUUGUUUUUAUUACUCUUUUUAUCUUGGACCCAGAAUCGGUAAUGUGCAGAUUUGCGGCAAUAAUGUGAGAUCUUGUGCCGCUGUCGUCCGACCCGUCGCUGCUGUUCGUCUUGUCAGGAGCAGCGGCUCGCUGUUGAGGAUUACUAGUGAUAAUACGCAGUAGACUUCUCCAGUGUGUCUAGCUGUCAAACUGAAAACUAUGUAUUGGAAAGAGUAGACACAACACAAUUGUUGAUAUUUAUUGACUUUCCUUUUUCGUGUCUGUUUUUGUCCUCUGGAUUAUCGCUGCCCAGCAACACGGCCACCUGACAACUCUGAAUGUCGUAAUUAAGGUGAAUCAAUGAGCCAGCAAUGGAGACCAAAAGAUACCAAAGUUUCUUUGAUGGAAGUGACACAGAGAACAGAUGGUCGCAGGUCCCCAGCACCAUGGAGCACUGCUGCAGCACAGAGGAUUCAAGUCUGACUAGCAGUGAUAUCCUGAUGGACACAGUCAAUGUCAGCUGCCCUGGUGGAAGCCCGGCCACCGACUGCAAAGACAACAAUACCAAGAAGCAGGAACAGCAAAUGCUUCGGAUCAGCCAGAACCAGCCAUUUGUUCUCCCACACUUCAACAACUCUCUCCAUGGUCAUAAGCAGGAAAUGGACUCCAAAGAGCUUUCCAAGACUGUGGCUGAGUCUAUGGGCCUGUAUAUGAAUGCUGCCAGGGAGGCAGACUUUGCCUUUAGCCAGCAUGGGGGCAGUACCAGCCCUGGGAAGAUGUUUCCAGUGUGUGGACGGGCUCUAGAGGAGACCCAGUGUGGUUCCACAAAGAGCCCCAAGUUAAAGCCAUUUGGUUUCCAGCAGCCAAGCACCACUCCCAGAGAAUGCGCCAAUGGGACCCCAGUUAGCUCAGCCUCUAUGCUGGCCUCGUCUCUGUCCUGCAGCCCCCAGAACUCCAGCUCCAUCUCUAGCCCCGGGGGCAGCAACAAUAUGGUAUCGUCAACCACCAGUCCUCCUACGUGUUUUGGACCGGUGUGCUCGUCCGUCAGUAGUCCUGUCAGCCAGACGUCUCUUGCUGCAACUCUGGCCAACAUCAAGCGCAGGAAUUCAGCCACAUGUAGCCCCGUGGAAUCUAGCACAGUGGGCUCGCCACCUCUCACCAGCCCGCUCAACGUCAUGAGGUCCCCCAUGUCCAGCCCCCAGAGUAUGAGUAGUGUGAGAUCGCCUCCGUCCUGCAGCACUACCUGUAACAUCAGGUCGUCUGUCUCGAGCCCCACAGGUGGCAACUGCUCCAGCACUGCCAACAACUGCAACUCAGCAAGGCCCUCCAUCUCUAGUCCGGCCACAGGGGGCGCCAUGGCUGUCGGCAGCCCACAUAACCCCUCCUCUGGUGGGUUUCCUGUGUCCAGUCCUGCUGGCGGACUGGGUUUAGUGCAGAAUGACACAAACAGCCCAGAAGCAACAGGUCUGACCAGAGACCCGGACUUCAAGAACUUUGAAUUCCCCAAAGUAGAGAUGGUAGACGGGGAGGUUUUCAAUGUCGGCUUAGAUCAGAUGGGCAUGGUCAAGUACAUUAAGAAUGAGCCUGGAACUGACUUCAGGAGCAUGUGCUUAGGCAGCUCCAAAUGUAAUGCGAGUAGCACACCUUUUAUCACACAGAUUAAGAGUGAGCCAAACAAAAAUGAGGGAUGUAUGAACCAACAGCCCUAUGGUGAGCAAGCGCCACCUCUUAGUCUCUAUCCUGCAUCUGAGACCACCUAUUUGUCCCUGAGGAAUAACAUUGAUGAAUACAGUCUUUCUGGUAUCUUAGGACCCCCUGUCUCCUCUAUGAAUGGGAACUAUGAGCCCGAUGUGUUCUCCAACAAUGUCCUGUCUAAAGGGGUUAAGCAGGAGACUACUGAUGGCAGCUAUUACCAGGAGAAUAACAGCAUGCCCACAUCGGCCAUUGUUGGAGUUAAUUCCGGUGGACAUUCAUUCCAUUACCAGAUUGGAGCUCAAGGAACAAUGUCUUUCACGCGGCACGAUGUGAGGGACCAGUCCAACCCUUUGUUGAAUCUAAUUUCGCCCGUAACGGCGUUAAUGGAGUCGUGGAAAUCUCGGCCGGGCAUGUCACAAGGGUCACUGUCAGCCAGAGGUGAGGGAUACCUGGGUCAGAACUGCAUCACGGACAGCAUGUCGAGUUCGCCACUGAGACAACCGUCCUCGACGGCCAAAGUGUGCCUGGUUUGCGGUGACGAGGCAUCAGGAUGCCACUACGGUGUCGUGACGUGUGGAAGCUGCAAAGUCUUCUUCAAAAGAGCUGUGGAAGGUCAGCACAACUACCUGUGUGCCGGGAGAAAUGACUGUAUCAUUGACAAGAUCCGGAGGAAAAACUGUCCGGCAUGUCGCGUACGGAAGUGUCUCCAGGCCGGGAUGAACCUAGGAGCACGAAAGUCCAAGAAGUUAGGCAAGCUGAAGGGUGUCAGCGAGGACCUGCAGGGAUCUAAGGAAGGCCAAACUGCCACAGGUGGCGUUGGAGGCGGUUACCUGUCGUCCGAGAAGGAGCUCAACGCGAGCGCUGCCAAUGCCCUGGUGCCCCACGGGACUGGGGUGGUCACACCUUUUCUGCCGCCCUCUAUCUGCAGUGUGUUGGAGCUGAUUGAGCCUGAAGAGGUGUACUCUGGCUACGACAACACGCUGCCUGACACCACUGACCACCUGCUGUCCAGUCUCAACCGCCUGGCCGGAAAGCAGAUGGUACGCAUGGUGAAGUGGGCCAAAGUACUUCCAGGUUUCCGAGGCCUGCCCAUUGAGGACCAAAUCACCCUGAUCCAGUACUCAUGGAUGUGUCUGUCCUCCUUUUGCCUCAGCUGGCGCUCCUACAAACACACCAAUGGACAGAUGCUCUACUUUGCCCCUGACCUCAUCUUUAACGAGGACCGGAUGCAGCAGUCAGCCAUGUACGACCUGUGUCUGGGCAUGAGGCAGGUGAGCCAGGAGUUUGUACGACUGCAGCUAACCUACGACGAGUUCCUCUCCAUGAAGGUCCUUCUGCUUCUCAGCACAGUUCCCAAAGAGGGUCUGAAGAACCAGGCGGCGUUCGAGGAGAUGAGGGUUAAUUACAUUAAGGAGCUCCGGCGAUCAGUGGGAAAAGCAACCAACAACUCUGGCCAAACCUGGCAGCGCUUCUUCCAGCUCACCAAGCUACUGGACGCCAUGCAUGAUCUGGUGGGGAACCUGUUGGAUUUCUGUUUCUACACCUUUCGUGAGUCCCAGGCCCUGAAGGUGGAGUUCCCCGAAAUGUUGGUGGAGAUCAUCAGUGACCAGAUACCAAAGGUGGAGUCGGGCCUCACUCACACAAUCUACUUCCACAAGAAGUGACUUGCUUAACAGUCGGGACAGAAACGGCAUUAAGAACUGGAAGAGAGUGAGGAAGAAGUUCAAGAAGAGAAAAUGUGCGAGAAAAGGCCAGACCAGUUGGCCCGCACCCGGUCGCCCAGUUUGCCAGCGUCCUCGUCUUUGGAUGGGAAAGUUAAGUGACGUGGUGACAGAAGUUAUGAGGGGAGAACUGAUUUAACCCUGCAGUCACCACGAGCGGGUCAGAGCUGUGAAUAGUUCGGUGAGCUGAGCGCAACGCGCCGAGAAGGACUUGGCACAAAAGUGACAAAGCAUCCCGAAGCACCCCCACCCACCCCCGUGCCCCCCACCCGCCCCCGCCCCCCCCCCCGUGUCCCCUUGCCCCAAAGACGAUAACAGUAUUUUCUAUGGAGAUAAAGCCAUACAUUUCUUAGGCUGCGCUAGAUACAUUCACUGCGCACACACACACACACACACACACACAUACACACGUAGAGGGAAAUUGAUACACAUGCUGUCCACAUGCCUUCACACAAACGCACAGAUGCACUCCACAUGCACUAAAAUCAGAUUCCCUUACAUACCUAGAGAGAAAGUUUUUGCAAAUAUUAAAUGUGGCUUAUGCAGUCUUUCACGAAUAAUAGCACUACAAAAUAAAAAAAGAUAUGCCAAUACUUAGAUUUCGCUUUGCAGUGUAGCAGCAUACUGCAAGACUACAGGGCAAAGGACGUGAUGAGGAGACAGUCAUUCUAGAUGGUAAAGCGAAAGGUCUAUUUGAAUAUAAUCCAAGGGCUAUACAAGCGUCAUCAUAAGCUGAAUAAUUACAUUAAAUCUAACAAAUCCAAGUUUGAAUCUCAAUCGGUGUCAUAACAGCCAUCAUUAACAUUCACAUACUAAGUUUUUUAAUUAAAAAUAUGUAGUAAAACAAUCAAAACUAAUAUGCAAAAGUCCAAAGCUAAAGCUGUUUUGAAAUUUAAAAAAAAUGUCUCUCUUGUGUAAAGAAAGAUCGCACGUGAAGCUCCCAUGUCAUGAAGUCACUAUUUUAAGCGUUGUGGUGUAGAAUUAAGACAAUAUUGAUGAACGAUUUUACCUUUUGUGGAGAAAAAAAAAAAAUGGUUCAGGAGUGCAGCAGGAUGGAAAAAAAUCAUGCAUUUACGGAAACGAUUUCAGUAGAGUCCGCUGGUAAUGGAUUUGACUGAGGUGCAUCCAUAGUAAUUGUGUUUUGUGUUAUCUCCAGAGCAGCUGUCCAAAUGUCUGUUUUUACUCACAAUGAAGCAAAACCAGCCCUUUGUGAACCAACACUUAUCUACUCUUCCCAGAAAUAAUAAAAAGCAUUUUAUAAAAGUGUGUUGCAAAGGUUUAGUUUUUGACAAGCCAGUCAUUUUACAUUAAGGUGCUUCAUUUCUACAAAGCCAGGCAAAGCAUAACAUGUACAGUAACGCGCAGACAGUCCAUACAAUACACUAUAUGGACACGCAGUUUAAACACACAUACUCUCUGUAAAAUUGAUAUAUUCCAAAAUGGAGCAUUACUCUGCAGUGCUUACGGCAAACGGCUAAUGUAUCAAAAAAAACAUGGUUGUACAGAAGAUGUUUUUGAAGUACAUGUUGAUGAAUGCUUGAUGACGAACUGUUGGUAUGAUCACCUUUACUAAUUCAGUUUAUUUCCUUACUCUUUAUCUUUGGGCCAAGUACUACUAUUUUAGGUAUGGCAGGCCCAGUCAUCUGGACCAUUAACUUGUCUGACACCCCACUGGUUUCUGGGUGGUUGUAGAACACGACUAUGAUGCUACUGAAAAGAGAGAGCCGCUGGGGGAGAAAAACAGUGGGGGCGUGUGAUUAUUUGUUUUUUUUUGUGCCCUGUGAGUGUGUAUUUACAUUUGUGUAUGGAGCGAGAAUGUUUAAAGUUUGUGUGUGUGUGUGUGUGAGUUGUUUUUUUUUCUUUUUUCUGGCAAGCAUGUGCAUAGUUGAUCUGCUCUUUCAGUGUGGGUAUUAUGCAUUUAUGUUAUAGGAUUAGCCAUAUCCUAUUUCCACAUUUAGAUUUGCACAAAGGAGAUACAAUGUGAAAUGAGGCAUUAGUGCAGCUAGCAGGAAUUGUCUGUUUUGAUAAGCAACUGUGAUGAUGCAGGAAAAUACUUUCUGCAUGGUCACCCAGCCUCAAGUUAGACAACAUGACAUCAUUAGCACAGCCGGGUGCUGGUGUAAUGUAUUUGUGGCCUGGGCUCUCGUAAUGAUGGCGCUGCGCUACACUACGAGCUCUCUUCUGUGGCAGUAAUUGUGUGAAGAUUGGUGUGCAAAGAGAUGGAGGUGGCAUGAUCACAACUGUCAUUAGGGACUGUACGGGGAUUAUUAGGGGGGUUCAGAAAGGGGGGAGUGUUACGUAUUUUUAAUUUAAACUCAAGGGGAGGCUAGUCUAAAUUUGUUGGGAGAGCAGGAGGAGGGUGUUUCAACUUCUUCUCAUCCCAGAGGUUUUUCAUUAAUUCUGUGGUGAAAUUAUUUUUGGUGCUCAAGUCUCUUGAUGAUUCGUCUUAUCGGAUGACUCAUUCAGUGGCUUUUAUAAACCCCAAAUGUUUAGCAGCUCUUUAUUCAAAAAUAGAGACUGGCUGUAUUUCACUAUGUUGUUAUGUUUGCCAUAACGAUAUGGUUUAGAUUUAUUAUCUGGUCACAAGACAAUAUUAAUUGCUCAUUUAUAAAAUAAGAUGUAAAAUGCGAUCCCCCUCUCCUGCGCAAUCAUUUCCGUACAGUCUCUGAUCAGAAAGGCCUCAUUUUACACUCUGUCUUUGUUGUGCAUUAUUGUGUUCAAGUUGUGAAGGACCCUUAAGCUAAUCUCUCACUGUUUCUUUAUUUUUUGCCCCUUUUUUUGUCCUUUUUAAAGAAUAAAAAAAAAAAAACUGUCAAAAGGUUCAUAGGAUGAAUGGGAAAGUAUUUUUGAGAGAAUUAUAUUUUGCUGGAAAACGAUAUUUAAGUACUUUGUCUAAAGAUGAUAUCCUUUUUGUAAAAUGAAAUGUUAAUGCAUGCUUUUUGAUGAGAUGUUUACAUUGUAUUUAAAAAAGGGAAACUUGUGCCUUUUUAUCUCACCUGAUUUACAAUUUUACAGUAUAUAUUGUAAAUAAUACAGCAAGUCCUUAUGUUGAGUAUAGUAUAAAACAUUUCUACUUUAACCAUCUUGUUGGAAUAUUGGAAAAAUGUGUUUCCCACUCGCCAUGUUCUGUGUGUUGGACCACAGACAAGAAUUUACAGUGAGGGUUGGCGCCAGAAACGGGCCAAAUAGAUAACUGAAUGUAUCAUACAUUGUGAGAGACUUAUGGAACUUACUACCUGAAUGUUAGAGAGAGUACAUUUAUGAUCUUCUUAUAAAGUAAAGUUAUUUCAUUUUGCAUCUUUUUUUUAUUUUUACUUUUUGCAUCAUUGUUCAAGUGACUCAAACAAAAAAUAAUAAUAAUCAAAAAGUAUUUCUUAUUUUGUAACAAGAUGUUUCAAGUGAUGGAUCCUUGAGUUGUUGCUGUUGAAAUGAUUUCCUAACCCGUGGCGGUAUUGUUGAUGAGCACCACAAUAAAAUCAAGAAAUCACAAACUAUUGAAACUGCGAUACGUGAAGGAGAGUUCUUGACUUAUCAGUUUUAAAAUAGAAACUUAAUGCACACACAAAAUUAAAUUACAUUUUGGAUGAAGAGACUAGGGAUGAGGUUUCGCCAAUUAAAAAGUUAUUAACUACACAUAUUGCACUAACUGCCAACAAAUGUGUCCCAAAGAAUAGUAAUGUCAAAAAAUAAAUCAAAUCUAUACACAUUAGAUGUCGAAUCAUUUGCCCCUGUAGGUACCGUCUGCACUCCAGAAACAUGGGCUUUGACUUUUGGCUAUUUAAUUUGUAUAAAGAAUAGUCCGACAUUUUGGGAAAUACACAUAGACCUAUUUGUUUUCUUGCUGAGAGUUGGAUGAGAAAGCUGAUACCGCUCUCAUAUCUGUACAGAUAUGAAGCUACAGUCUGGAGAUUCUUAGCUAGGUUUGACGUAAAGACGGGAAGCUAUAGAGUUAACCAUCCACUCUGAAGCUCAAUAAUUAACAUGCAUCGUUGUAGUUUUAUGGUGAGUUAUGUGCCAGACUGUUAGCAGCACAUAAUCCCCCAGCAAAACAACAACUUGUCAUUUUAACUUCUGUUUUUGUGAGAAUUAAACAAACUAGAUAACAAGUUAAUUAACAAGCUUUAGAGGAGCUGGUAAGUGGAUUUUGUUAACUUUGGACGGAGCCAGGCGAGCAGUUUUCCCCUGUUUCCAGUCUGUAUGCUAAACUUCGAUGGAGGAAGAUGGCCGCUUCUUCCCGUUAAAGGGGAGUUCUUCCUUGCCACUUUAACACGGCUUGCUCAUUUAGGAACGUUAUGUUUGGUCUCUGUAAAUUAAAGAGUAUUGUCUAGACUGGCUGUUUAUGAUCUGGUGCUAUAUAAAUAAAAAUUGACUUGACUAAACUAAGCUAAGCUAAGCUAAGCUAAGUAAGCUAGGCUAAGCGUCUCCCGGCUGUAGCUUCAUAGUUACAUGAAAGAUCUUGUAAUCUUAUCCUCUGCAAAAAGAUUUUAAAAACAAUUCCUCUAAAGGAACAAAAUUGAUUAACUAUUUAUUUAUUGGUCAUCAAUCACCACCUACUGCAAUUUAUAAAAUAAAAAAAAACGUUUCCUCUAAAUGAGGAAGCAACGUUAUUUUCAAAGCUGUCUCCUACAUGAACUCCUUUUAGGCAUGAAUGACUCAGAAUGUGUUCCGCUGCUGUUACACAGUACACCAUCGCGUCACUGUGUCACGUCAUUGCCAUUUUCUGCUCACAGUGAUGAAUCGGGUGUAGAGAGACUAAGCCAUAUCUCAACAGCCAUGGCAGUGCAUUUCUUAUUAAUAUAUACAUAUAUAUAUACAAAUGCUUUUUUUUUCCAAUUCCAAAAAUGACUUUUUACUCAGAUGCUUUGUACAAUAUUUCUCAGCAACUAUCCAGCAAACAUACAGUAGACAUCCUUCACCAUAAACCAAUAAAACCAGUUACUACUGUAUAUCUUGAUGCAGAUAUUGCCAUACUUGUGUUUGCAAAACUAUUGCAAGAUUCUAAUAAAACUGUAAAAUUGA